UCAUUUAGAUAUGGGGGUGCUGUCAAUUUCUAUCAAACCCAAUUUUUUGGGUUUAUUAAAAUUUUUAAACAGUUUCAACUGGUUUAUUGUGUUCUUUAGCUUAAUUAAUCUCUCAGUAUGUAUAUACGAGGAUCAAAUAGGCAAAUUCGACUGGCGGCAAACAUACGUGGGAAGGAUAAAAUUCUCACAGUUUGACACAGUUUCAACGGCCAAAAAGAUUAUUGUGGCCACUGAAGAGAAUGUAUUAGCGGCUUUGAAUCUGAAGACAGGGCAAGUAGUAUGGCGCCACGUACUAGAAAGUGCGUCUACAGGCAAUAUCCACCUUCUGCAUGUCUCGGAGAAAGUCGUGACUGUCACUGGGUCCAAUCCUUAUCUAGUGAGGGGAUGGGACUCAACAACAGGUGUGCUCCUAUGGGAAUGGUCGCUGACCCUGCAGAAGGAAGAGCACGCAGAGUUCUCGGAGUGGUGGGUGCAGCAGGGCAUGCUGGUGCACCUGCUGCCCGUGUUCGGAUCCCACCUCGAGGUGUCCAUGUACAACCUGAUGACUGGCCAGAAUAGGGGAGCUACGUCUAGGUUGCCGGCUAUUUGGACUAAUGAGGGAUGUGUACUAUCAGCUCCGUACUACAGCUGUGUCUCUGGCAACAUGGGAAGUCAAUUGCUGCUCUCACUGGAUGUAACAUCAAAUGCAGUACAAAUUAUAAGCAAGCCACUCUCCCAGUACAUCUCUGAAGACGACGGCAAUAUCAGACCUUUAGAUGCUAACAGUGUGCAGCCUGGCUUCAUUAUAGGGGACAAGAAGAUUGUUCUGAUCAAGAAUAAUGAGUUCCAAGUGCUAGGCGUCAGUGUGGCGGACCAGUCGGCCAGUGUGGCUAUAGUAGACAGUGGCAGUGGACAACUGGUACUGCAAACAUGGACUGAUGAGGUUAAGGGCUUCUCCCUUACGGCUCACAGCGCGUCCACAGGCGCUCCAGUAUCCGAGAUUCGCAGCUCAGACGCGGCAUUCCGGCCGGUGGAGCCCGAGUUGGCGGCAACUUUGUGUAGCACCACGCCACGCGAGAUGCACGCCUGCCGCCUGCUGAUAACCGCUGCUGAUGACUCGGUGCACCUGAUGCAGCAAGGAGACGCGUCAUUUCGGCUGGUGGAGCCCGAAUUGGCGGCAACUUUGUGUUCAUUUCGGCCGGCGGAGUCCGAGUCUGCCGCACUGUGCAGUACCACGCCAUGCGAGAUGCACGCUUGCCGCCUGCUUAUAACCGCUGCGGAUGACUCGGUGCACCUUAUGCAGCAAGGAGACGUGUCAUUUCGGCCGGUGGAGCCCGAAUUGGCGGCAACUUUGUGUAGCACCACGCCGCGCGAGAUGCACGCCUGCCGCCUGCUGAUAACCGCUGCGGAUGACUCGGUGCACCUUAUGCAACAAGGAGACGCGUCAUUUCGGCUGGUGGUGCCCGAGUUGGCGGCAACUUUGUGUAGCACCACGCCACGCGAGAUGCACGCCUGCCGCCUGCUGAUAACCGCUGCUGAUGACUCGGUGCACCUUAUGCAGCAAGGAGGCCGCAUCCUGUGGUCCCGCGAGGAAGCCCUAGCGAACGUGGUCGCGGUGGAGUUCGUUGACCUGCCCGUAUCGGACCUGGAUGCUGCCAUUGAGUCCGAGUUCGACCAAAAAGAAGCUGCCAAGAUGUAUAGUUCGGUUUGGGCCGCGUUCUCCCGGCGCCUGCAGACGCAGUUUCAACAGCUGCAGACGCUGAUCCAAAGCCUCAAAGGCGCGGAGACCAACACCCAGGAUACAUCCACAGCGUUGGUUCGAGACUACUUCAAUCUGCACAAGAUUAUUGUGCUGGUCACUGAUGCUGGAAAGAUAUUCGGCAUGGACAACCUAUCCGGCGAGAUCUUAUGGCAGCGCUUCGAACCCAGCUUGGACGCUGAGAACGUGGUCGUGUUCACGCGGCGCUCGGCGCGCCACCCGCCGCUCGACGCAUACCUCACUAUUGUGGGGAAACACGAGGAGACAGGCAACGGGUUAAUAAUAAGCCUUAACCCGAUCCGGGGCACUUUAGUAGGCGAGCAAGUGCUACACCUCGACACACAGUUACUGCAGUGCGCGUUACUACACCGCACCGACCCGGAGAAGCUGCAUGCUCUAUUACUGCUGGAUAAGGACGAGAAUGUGCAAUGGUAUGGUAUAGUUGCAGGCAACGGGUUAAUAAUAAGCCUUAACCCGAUCCGCGGCACUUUAGUAGGCGAGAGGGUCUUACACCUCGAUACACAGUUACUGCAGUGCGCGUUACUACAUCGCACCGACCCGGAAAAGCUGCAUGCUCUAUUGCUGCUGGAUAAGGACGAGAAUGUGCAAGUAUUCCCCGCAUCGGCCGGCCCUCUGGUGGAGAACAUGUAUCUCUACGUAGCUGACAAGCACACUGCUGACGUACAAGGAUACGCCCUAAGAUACGACGGCAGGGCAGUGGUAGCCCAAAAGACAUGGGCAUUAAAGCUUGGUGGAGGCUCGCCGCAUCGCAUCGUGGCGGCGCGCGCCGGCGGCGGGCGCGCGGGUUCGGCGGGCCGCGUGCUGGGCGACCGCAGCGUGCUGUACAAGCACGCCAACCCUAAUAUGGUGCUGUUCGUGACGGAGGGACCCGACCCUAUACACAAAGACGUGGUGGUAGCGACGUGCGUAGACGCAGCGUCAGGCGCGGUACUGGCUUCAGCUGCGGCGCGGCGCGCGCGGGCUCUCCCACUGGCGGUACAGCAGGACAACUUCGCCGCCUUCGUCUACCACAGCGACAAGCAUCGUAGGACUGAGAUCGGUACCUUAGAACUGUACGAGGGCAAGUCCCGCUGGCUAGAAGCGGGCACAGCAUUCAGCUCUUUCCGCGGCGCGCGCGCCCCCAGCGUGUACCGCGCGGCAUAUGUGCUGCCCGCGGCGCCGCGCGCCUUCGCCGUCACCACUACCGAGCGAUCGCUGACGGACAAACACGUGUUGCUGGCGUUAUCAACCGGAGCGAUACUGGAACUUCCUUGGGCGUAUUUGGAGCCGCGGCGACCGCUGGCUCCCACGCCCGAGCAGCGAGAAGAAGGCCUCAUACCAUACGCGCCCGAACUACCACUACCCGCCGACGCAGUACUCAACUAUAACAGAACACUUCAUAGGAUUAACGCAAUCUACACUGCGCCUUCGGGACUGGAGUCUACUAGCUUGGUGCUGGCUACUGGCUUAGACUUAUUCUACACACGAGUGGCGCCAAACAAAACGUUCGACUUACUCAAAGACGACUUCGACUACUACCUGAUCACCGUAGUGCUGGGAGCCCUCAUACUUGCCACGUAUAGCACCAAAUACUUCGCGGCGCGCAAGAUGCUCAAGAUGGCCUGGAAGUGAUCGCGAGGCGACAGCGGCGCGACUGUGGCGAUCCACUUCGGUAUUGGUUCGGUGUUAAGCGCUUAAUCUAACAUCGAGAGGAAAGUGAACUUGGAAAUAUUUAACUUGAUUUAUGUUUGUCUUGUGCUGUCUUCAAUUUGGUAGUUGACAACACCAGUCUAUUGGCAUUUAGAUGCAACUCAAAAGUAACUAGCAGUUGCAGUUUCGUUGCAGUUGCGUUUCACCGUCUGUUCUGGGCCUAAGAGGUCGCAUAAAAUACCCUGUGAUGUCACGAAAUUAUUCUUGGGAGUUAUUGCUUUGGUGUCAACUAGCAAAUUAGCAGUCAGCCCAAAUAAUGUUACCGACUGUAAUGUUUAGUACCAAAAACAGUAUUAGCUUAAGCGCUAAACAAAAAGUAAUAUCCAACACCGUCGUCUUCACAGUCCAAAUCUUCAAUAAAAUAUAAAUAUAGACUUUAUAUAAAUAUAGCCUCGUGAUUCGUGUAUAGUGAGUGUUCACGUAAGUAAAUAAAUAAAAAGUAAACAGUUAUUGGUUAACUAAUCUCUGUAAAGCUCGAUUCACACAUAUCAGUGAAGCUACAGUUCCGUCACAGUACCGGCACGCAUCCCAUACAUCUGACAAGUGUCAGUGUCAGUGACGAUAGAAACUGCAUGAAAGAAUAUUUCGCACUGUGACGGAACUGUGGCUUCACUGAUAUGUGUGAAUCGAGCUUAAUAGUUCACAAAUUACACGUCAGUAAUAUUAUUAGAGAUCAAUAAGAGAUCAAAUUAAUUUGAGAACUACUUGUAUUCAGUUUAUUGCGACGUGAUCUAUUUAGCAUUAAUUUUAAAAUGUUUUAAAAACGUUAAGUUUGUGAAACUGGAAAAUAUUAACAAAACGUUCUGAAGUUAUUUUAUAUCAAAAACAUAUCGCAAAGGAAUGAAGGAAGCUAAUGAAAAUUUAUAGAACUAUUUAUUUAUUCACUGUAAAAUAUGUAAAUAGAUUACGUUGCAAAACAUCUCGGUUUAUGUAUAAUUAGCUAGUGCAAUGUAGUCAUAUUGUAUUAUUUAUUUACAAGUGAUAAGUAACACUUGUUAUCAAAAAUCAUUCCAGGAUUAAUACUUACCUAAAAUUUAUUGAAUAGCAAAUACCUGGAUUAGAUUUUAAUAAAAAAAUGCAAACAUUGAUAUAUAAUAUUCCUCUUGAAUUUAAUAUUAAGAUACGUUGCGUAAUACGUCAGUAAUAUUUGAACUGCAUUUUUUACACGAUGGUUUCUAGCAAUCAUCGGUAUUUUAAUAAAAUAAGUAAUUAAGAAACGGAAUGUUCUAAAGUUGUUAAUCCAAAUGUUAGAAUUUCCUUUCUCUUAUUAAACCUCAAAAUAUGCAAUUAUAUUACUCUGCGUAAGAUUACAAAUUACUGUCCAUUCUCUGGGAUUUUUUUCUGAGCUUUGGGGAGAUUUAAAAGGGAUGAUAUUCGUAUAAAGAUUCGAUAAGUCUAAGACACUUGUACGAUUCUGUUAGGUAGAUUUUGUACUUGGAAGUGUGGUCAAAAUAGAUUGUCAAGUAUGUAUCUAUUACUCGAGUUAGCAAAUUGUAAAAAAAACUAAGUAUUGCAUUUGUUAACUACACUUAAACAUUUACUCUGUUAUCUUAGAAUAAUAUUAUAUCAAUUGCACUUUAUUUACAUUUCUUUAGAACAUAAUCCUUAUAAAUGAAUUUUUAACUUGUAAGAUAUUGGGGAUCAUAUAAGUGUAUGGUUUUUGUUCGUAAUUGUAUUGCUCACGAAGGUAUGUUGUUUAGCAGUUAAGGUUUAAAGUAUUGCGAUCUUUUUUGUUUAACAUGUUGUUUAAUUUAUCAUUAACUUGUUUAUAGCUACAUCUCAAAUAUUAUGAAAUUAUGACUCGUUUAGUUAUUUACAUGAGCGUACAUUAUUUUGUGGAACGUUUUCAAUCAGUGUCAGUCUACUCGUACUCGCAUAUUGUAUCCCUGAACUAUGAAUGUAUUAU